AUUGAUCGUUGAUGUAGAAUGAAAUUGACUUCGUUACUAUCGUGGUGUACUCCUGAUAGAAUGUAAAUUAAGUCCAAACCAUCAUCCAGGGCUAAAUUCUUAAAUCUAAUUAUAUUUUUUCGACGCUAGUCCAGCUGUUAUGAAUUUUAAGUGAUGUGGAAAGUUGUCCCAGUAUAAAGUUAAACGUGCAAUAUUUUUUUUAUAUUGAGUUUUGUAAUAUACCGUAUAUUAUAUAUACACGUAGCAUUGAUGAUGAAAUGAGCAGUAGCAAUGAGCAAGAUGGCUCUCAGCCUCCAGUAACGACGCAAUCACCAAAACCUGCCUCUCCAGUUGGCAAAAACAAAAAAAAGGAAAUAUGUAGAAAAUUUGUUUGGGGCACAUGCAACAAAGGUGCUGCUUGUAAAUUUCGUCAUGAACUCGAUUUCGAGAAAGUGAAAGAGACUGUAAUAUUCUGUCAUGAUUAUCAAAACCGCUCUGGUUGUACACGUGAAAAUUGUACCUACCUACAUACAACGAAAGAAGAACAGAAUUUAUUUUAUGCUACUGGAAAAUUGCCAAAAAUAUUAGCAGAUAGGCAUGCUAACAUUUCUGCUGAAACAAUACCACAAAUUGCAAUGUUUAUUAAAGAGACUCUAAUGGGAGCUUCACCACCAGCAGCAGUGACAGCUCAAUCUACCAUGCCUGUAGUUGGACCAAUGCCUCCACCUCCGUUAGCGGGGCCUAUGUAUCCACCAGGAAUGGCGAUCAGGCCUGGCCCUCCAAUGAUGGCUACGCCUGUUUUACCUCCCUGCCCGCCUCCAGGGCCGCCUCCUGGUCCUGCACUUCCAGGUCCCCUUGGACCUCCUGGGCACCCCUGUCCUCCCCCGAGUCUAGGCCCUUCAACAGUUCCCAUAGUACCUGUAAUGCCUAUUCAGCACUUGCCUCCCCCACCUCCCCCACCUACACAAAAUUCUGCUACAGUUACACAGCCCACACCUCCAGUUUAUACAGCACCAACAAAUCCAAGUGGAGCUUUUCAUUUGAACCAACCACCACCUGCAGUUCCAGCAAAGUUUGAUGCGAGUAAACCACCCCCACCAUUACUUCAGGUACAAAAUGGAACAUUAAAACGUCCAGCAUCAAGUGACCUUGAAGCUGGGCCAAGCAAAGUGCGAAAAGAGGACGACUCUAAUAUUUCUGACUCAAUGUGUGAUACCUGCAAGCAGCGACAAAUCAGAAUAAAGGCAAUAGAAAAGGAAAUUGAAAUCUUGGGAGCCCGCCAGGAGUAUUAUACUGUUAUGUUCAAAAAGAAAAUGGAGGAAUAUAAUAGAAAUGAGGAAAUUUUCAAAUCAUUAGUUAAUCCCGUACUUUUUGGACUGCUUAUGGAGGGUAUCGAGGGUAACCAGGAAGGGUCACAAAUUCAUGAUCUUUUGAAUCAAAGUCAGUCUUAUAAUAAUACAAAUGACAGCCCAUUACUGAUGCAAGUGCUAGAUUUUUAUAUGAAUAACCACAAUAACUCUGAUUCAAAACAAGCGACGUCCCCGCGAAUAGAGGAGAGAUUCAAUACUUUGUUUACACAGUCAAAAUCUGUUCCACAUUCCAAGGCAGAUCUAUUAUCUCUUCUAGAGAAGUUGUGCGGUGAAAACGACGAGAAGAAGACGGACGUGGUGAAAGCGACGUUGAGUAGCAGUAGUAAUAAUAAUAAUAGUAGUAGCAACCAAGUGUACCCGAACGGUCUAGAGCAAGCGGCGAACAGUAGGGGGAGUAAGGUGAAGACGUGUGUAGCGAGCACGCCGGUGACGUCAUACCCCGUGUACAACGCCCCACCGCCGCCUAUAUCGAGAGCGUACGCACCGACCGCGCCGCUGCCUUUACCAAAUACAUCAAUGGCAUCGUACAGCCAGCAGAACGGUGUGCCUUCUACCCAGACACUGGUGUCGAAGCCGGGCCUGUGUGUAGUUCCUCCGCCUCCGCCUACGAAUAACCUAAGGUACCCGUCGUAUAACACGGGACCUUACCCCCCGCCAACUCCGUAUUAUAACCCGUAUCAGUAGCAUUGGGGGAACAUCGCCUGCGCGAUAUGGACACGGACUACUAGUGUUAAUCUAAGAGAUAAGUGUGAAUGUGUAAAGCAUAUUUUAAGAACAAUUACUAUAAGUUUAUGAUAUUGACUAUAUUUAAUCCAUUUAUUCCAAUUCAAUAUUAACAGUAGAUAUAAAAAUUUGUACAUACAUAUGGUUUAGAAAUGUUGAUCUGUUGUCUUGUUAUUGACAAUUAUUAUGGGACGAACUAUGUUGAAUUGUAUAUUUUAUGAUGACAUGAUCUUAUGUGUCGUGUGUGACAUAUCGGUUACAUGUGUGUGGGGAUAGGUAAUAAAACUAUUUUAUUAUUAUUGACUAACAUCUGAUACUGACAGAUAAUGACAAAUAUUAUUGACGAUUUAUUCCGUAUAUUUUUCGGCGGCCAAUUAUGACUAAAAUAUAAUCAAUCUGUUUAUAACAUGACAAUAGACAAUAACUUUACGUGAAUAUACAAAAAUGCAUAUUAUUAAAUAGAUAUAAGAACAAAUGUUUACGUAUACAGUGAGACGGGACUCGGAUAUUUUUACAUCAACAUUCGAUUUAUUAUCAAGAUAAUAUGGAUGAAAUAGAAAAGCGCUUAUUGUUAUUAACGUACAUAUUUAUAAAACGUGGGUUAGAUGUAGAGCCUCACGUUUACAAUAUUAUAAAAAUGAAAUUAAUUUUAUCUCGAUCAAAGUAUAUUUUAUCAUAUUUCUGGUAUUUUUAUAAUUUCAAUCUGAUCAUAAUUCUGAUGAAAAUGUAAAAUAGCAUCUACUGAGCUUUAAACAUAUUAUGUGAAAUGAUUAAUAAUAAUAGAUAUUGAUUUGAUUGAUUAAUGAGUUAGAUCUUUUUAUUGCUGUUUUAUCUAGGGACUAUUAUGAACUAUAUCAAAAAUCAAUAAUAAUGGCAUGAUUAUAUAAAUUAAAUAAUCAUCAAAUAUAUUUAAUUAUAUUAUUGUAAACGUGUGGCUAUGUCGGAUAACAUCCAGUAAUAAUUAUAAGAUAAUUUUAUAUGUGAUUAUUCUUAAGAUCAACAAAUGUUUGUUAUUUAUUUUGUACAACGCAUAUUAUGUGUGUAGAUAGUCAUUUUAAUAUUUUUACAUACUCCGUUUCCGGAUUUAAAUAGAUAUUUUUAAAUAUUGAAAAAUAAUAUGAUUUUAUCCAAUAUAUACAAAUUUAAAUUAAUACAUAAAUAAAUAUGACACAGCUUCAAAGUUCCACAAGGGUUUUUUGUAAGCUUAUUGAAUUCAAAAUUUAAUUUGUUAUUUGUAAAUUCAUACUUUUACAUACACUUCAAUCCGUUCAUAAGAUGUAAGUAAGCGUGUAAUAAGAAACCAUAAAGGUGUUUGAUAUUAUACAAAUGUCUUCAGAUAUAAAUAAUUGAGUGAGGUAUAGAAAAAUAUAUAGAUACGUUACGCAAUUUAUUAGGGCAAGCAUGGAUUCAUUUGAAUGUUAUGCCUUGCUGAAAGUCGAUCAAAAAUAAAAAUAAAGCUUCAUUAACAAUUAAUUAUUACAAUUGUAAUAUUACACCAUUCGAUAGUGUCUAUUAUUUUACCCUAGUAGAAACAUUCCAAAAAAUUAAAUAAAUAAAUGUAUACUUUCAUAAGUGUUAUAAAACAUGGAAGUGCAGUGUUGUGAUUCUAUUAUUUUCAUAUACUAACCGUUAUUCCAUUAAAAUAUGAACUUUCCUACUUUUUGGUCGGCUUAAAUUAUUCUCUUCUACUGAUUAAAUGAUUAAAUACUAGACACACAAAAAAAAAAACAACGCUUGGUCGAUUUUCCGUUAGGUUAAACAUUCUAGUUCAUAUGCGAUUGCGUAUCUUCUUAAAUAUCUUUCUAUUUUGCUGGGACAUUUAUCUGCAAGUUAGGAAAGUACUUGAAAAAUUCAUGAGGUGGAGCUAAUAUUUUUAUUAGCUUAUAGAUACAUAAUAUCUCAUUAUUUAAUGUUGCAAGCCAGACGUUUCAUAUUCGAUAAUAUCAUAUUAAUAGUUAACAUGUGUUUAAAGCGAACAAAUGAGAAAUAUAAGACAGAACUUAUUGAAAGACGAAACUCUGUUGUAGAAGUUGUAGAUAAACUAAACCGAAUCAUUAUUUAUUUUUGAACAAUACCAAAUCGAUCACGUUAUCAUAAUAAAUAGGUAUUUCCUCUCCAUAAUAUGUAUA